AUGAUGUCAUCGUUCGGUAAUCGUCGUUUGGAGAAAGAAGAAGAUGUUUUUGAUCAAAAUGCUUGGGAUGACUAUGAGUGGACGGAAGAAAUGGAACAGGAGGCUCGGACUGCAGUUGAUAUUUUAUCCGUAAUAACUUUAUCGGAGGAGGAGAGAGAAGGUUUCAUUGUUAAUGCAUCCACCUACUGGGACAAGUUUUAUGAUAAGCAUGAGGCUAGAUUCUUUAAAAAUCGAAAGUGGCUUCCUCGUGAGUUUGUUGAGCUCAUUGAUGGGUCACUCUGUUCCGGUCCAUUCCUCUCUGGUCCUCCUUCAUUUCCUGGAAAAGAUAGCAGAUUUCGUGUCCUUGAAGUUGGCAGUGGACCCGGGAACUCAGUUGUUCCAAUUCUUGAAAAUCGGUGGCGGGGGGAAGAUGAGACAUUUGUCUACGCUUGCGAUUUCUCGGAAAAAGCAGUGUCGCUGGUCAAAUCCUCACCCUCCUACAACUCUCAAUAUUGUCUUGCCUUCCAGCAAGAUAUAUCCAAACCGAAUCUGACCUGGCCCUUUCCUCCAGAAUGCAUAGACGCUAUUUGUUGCAUUUUCGUUCUCUCAGCAAUUAAUCCUGACAGCUUCCCUCAAACUAUUAGGAAUCUCUGUGCCUGCCUAAGGCCGGGAGGAGUCAUAUUUUUCAGGGACUACGGCCUCUAUGAUUUGUCACAGAUUCGAGUAAAGCAAGGGAGAUGUAUCGGCCGAAAUUUUUAUACUCGUGGAGACGGCACUUGCGCUUACUUUUUUGAACAAGACGAAGUAACCAAAUUGUUUACCGAUCAAGGCCUCAUAGAAAAACAGAUAAGAACAGACAGAAGACUGAUAGUCAACCGACGAAAGCGACUGAAGAUGUACAGAGUAUACAUUCAGGGGAAGUAUCAGAAGCCCCUUUUCUGA